GUAUAUCAAUAAUAAUAAAGAACUAAAUAUAAAAAUAUACAAGAGAAUGCACGUAAAUAAAACCAAGGUCAAAUUCUGAAAAAUUGAUUCCAGAAUAUAAUUUAUGCAGUACAAUAGCUUGUUGCUUCCCGAUGCGCUUUAAAUCGUUUACUCUCAUGUAAAUUCUCGUACAGCUAAAAGGUGAAUAUUACAUCAUCGCCCACUGGAUGAAUAUAGUCGGUGAUAGUAUCUCAGUGUUUGUGUUGAUAGCUACGCUGACAACCUAUCUUCUUCUGCCUGAAUUAUGGAAGUCAUUGCGUAAUAACAUCCAUAAGAAUUUGGUUGGGAACAUGAUCGGUUUCUACUUGCUCUCACUUAUCAGCAACACUACUGUGGUACCCUCAUUGGGGCUUUGUAAGGUUUGGAGGCUAGUCUUACAAUUUGAAACACAUGCUAUGUUCUCCUGGAUGGCGGCUGAAACGGUUUUUCUAUUAUUUAAAAUUGUACGGAGGACGCAUAGCAAAUACAACAAGAUAUCCUCUUAUAUGUUCUCAUGCUACACAGGGUCUUUCAUAAUCUUGCUAGCAACGAUACUAUCUGAUUGCCAUAGCCAAAAGGAACGCAACAAAAACAAUUGUGUGGUUUCUGAAAAAUGCUUUUGGCAUUUCUGUGGACCAGUGGUCCUUGUCGUUAUUUUCAACGCAGCUGUUGUGGCGAAAAUGGUUCAUGUUAUAUAUAUACGCACCAAUAAUUCAAUAUCCAAUUCAUUAAGACGACAGACAGAACACAAAAAAGCAAAGUUAGGGCAUUCACUAUAUUACGAAUAUUCUGAUAUACAAACGAAUUGCUAUUUUAAUUGAUAUAGGCCUACUUUUUAAAUAAAAAAAAAAUAAUUAUCCAGGGUCCCCAAGUUUCCAGGAGCAGCAAGUCCUCUGGAAUCGAGUAAGUAAAUAUCCCGGAAACUAAACUCAUCUCCAGCAAAUACAUAUAUCACAUUUCAAGCUCUGUUAUUUUAUUUAUUCUUUUGUUAAAUUUCCAUUACUUUGCAGCAAUCUUUUUAUUGUGUAUGUUUUGUGCGUGAUUUUGUGUAUGUGUAUAUAUGUGUGUACAUGUAUG